AUGAAUGCCUCAGAGGUUGUGCCUUUGACACACGGGGUACAGCUUUACUUGCUGGAUAGGACUGACUCGGGUGCUUCUUUUCAGGCGCAAUGUUUGGUUAUACUAGCACGUGCUGGGGGCUUCUUGCUUGGAGUGCCUGUGGACACUUUCUCAACAGCGGAGUUGAAGCGUGGCCAGUCGGCCUCACCGGACGAGCUGAUUGGGCCGUCGACAGAAGUGACAGCGGGUGCUCUCGCUCAAACCGAGUCUGGAGCGGAGACCCAACUUGGCCGCCAAGUCUCGGUUACCUUGGUGGAUGUACGGGAGCAGGCUGCUGCGCUACUCCUGCCCAUGGAUCUGGAGGAGGAACCGGAGUUCUUGCAUACUUUCGACAUGGACGCUCCCGAGGCAUUACCAGUCUUCCAGGAGCUGAUCGAUGCUGCAAGGGCCUGGAUUGCUGCCAGAGAUGCGCAGGAGAGGGUUCUUUUCUACUCAGCCAGGAGGGGGAGCCAUCUGCUCAUCCAGCCAAGGCGAAGAGACCCACAACAGCCCUGCUGUCUGGGCAGGUACAGGUUUUGGAGUCCCUCUUGCCGGCCCUCACUUCCCAGCUCGAGUCCCUGGCUGCGCGCCAAGCCGCAAUGGAGGAGAUUUUGGCAAAGCGCCCUCAAGCCUCAGUGUCUGCGCCCCCGCCUGCGCAGCAGCCUGCACUGCACCAGCCUGCACAGCACCAGCCUGCACAGCACCUGCCUAUGUCUGCAUCUCGGAGCCUGA